GGCGCGUUCGCUUAUCUCUUUCUCCGUCCAUUGCUCCUCCGUUCCGAAACCUACAAACAGCUUCAAAUGGAAUAAAUUUCCCAACUUUUUUAAUCGACUUUUCAUCUUUAGGCGAAAAUAGCGACGACGAGAGAAUCUGAGAUUGAUUCGCUUUCCGGCAGUAAUCUCCUCCCGAUUUCUCACUCGGAGCUCCGGAUUACUUUGAUCGGGUUCAUUACACUCCGUUUGUGUUCUUCUCCACUUUUUUCAGAUCUGGGAAAUCUCCCAUUUCGGAAUUGAAAUCACAGAUGUCGAAACCUUGGGGUGGAAUCGGCGCGUGGGCCGAUGAGGCGGAGCGUGCCGAUGAAGAGCAGGCUGCUGAAGCUACAGCCACGGCGGCGGAUGCGCAGAGUUUCCCGAGUCUGAAGGAAGCUGCGACUACCAAGUCUAAGAAGAAGAAGAAGAUGACUUUGUCGGAGUUCACCAAGGGAGCUUACGCCGCACCCGGUGCUGGGAGCUCUGUUGGAUUGACGAGGGAACAGAUACUUCAGCUUCCUACUGGUCCAAGACAGCGCUCUGAGGACGAAAUGCAAACUGGCCGUCUCGGCGGUGGAUUCUCUUCUUACGGAAGGUCUAGUGGCCCUCCCGGACGAAUGUCGAGGGAUCGGGAUGAUUCUGAUGGGUCAUGGGGCGGUGGAGGUGGUGGUGCUGGUAGGAGAGGUUAUGGCGGAUUCGACGAUGAUCAGAGGGGUUCCUCUAGGGUUUCCGAUUUCCCACAAGUGUCUAGGGCUGACGAGGUUGAUGAUUGGGGAAAAGGAAAGAAAUCGCUUCCAUCUUUCGAUCAAGGACGCCAAGGUCGUUACGGAGCGCCUGGAGGCGGUGGCAGUUUUGGUGGCGGUGGUGGUGGAAGUUAUGGCGGCGGAGAAGGAGGUGGUGGGGGCUUCUCUAAAGCUGACGGGGUUGAUAAUUGGGCAGCGGGUAAAAGCCAAUCGUCUCUCGCAAAAUCAUCUACAUUUGGGUCCGGUUACCGUGAUUCCGGACCGGAGACUGACCGGUGGGCAAGAGGAGUCUCUUCCGGUGGUGCUCAUGAGGAGCGUCGUCGCUUGGUGUUGGAACCACGAAAGGCUGAGACUGGAGCGAGUGAUACUCCAACUGCUGUGAAGACGAGUAAGCCGAGUCCAUUUGGAGCAGCUAGACCAAGAGAGCAAGUUUUGGCGGAGAAAGGUUUGGACUGGAAGAAACUCGAUUCGGAGAUCGAGGCCAAGAAGGGAAGCUCUCAAACGAGCAGACCAUCGAGCGCACAUUCGAGCAGGCCGUCAAGUGCUCAGUCUAGUAGGUCUGAGAGCUUAGCAUUGAACAAUGCUGAGAAUGUGGCGAAACCGAGGCCAAAGGUGAAUCCUUUCGGCGAUGCAAAACCUCGGGAAGUGUUGCUGGAGGAACAAGGGAAAGAUUGGCGCAAGAUGGAUUCUGAACUCGAGCAUCGCAGGGUUGACAGGCCUGAAACAGAGGAAGAGAGAAUGUUGAAGGAAGAGAUCGAGGAAUUACGGAAGAAACUCGAGAAAGAAGCAACCAUGGCACCUGAGGGCAAGGAACCUCAACAAGAACCCGACAGUAAUAACCAUAACCUCCCGGAUCUUAUACGCGAGAAAGAAAAAGACCUGGACUUACUAAUCCGUGAGCUGGACGACAAAAUAAGGUUCAGGCCAAAACCAGUCGAGAGGCCUGGAUCAAGUGCAGGCAGAAGCGGUAACUAUUCUGAAAGACCAAAUUCCCGAGCUGGAUCGAUAGACGAGUCUAGGAAUGUGGAAUCCAUGGAAAGACCUACAUCACGUGGCACGGGUGAUCCUUGGUCAAGACCAGUAGAUGAUCGAAGAAACUUUCAAGGAAGCAAGGAACGUGGAUUCUUCAGCAACAGGAACUUCGACAGGUCAUCUUCGUCGACGAGGAAUGGAUGGUAAAAGAAGGAAACGAAGAAUGAAUGUGUUGUGGAAUGAGAUUGGAGUUUGGUUUACACACCAUUCCCAGAUUUUGAAGAAGAGAAGAAGCAUCAAUAAUAUAUUAAUAAAUGAAAAAAAUUUAUCUCCUUUAAAAACCUAAGUUAGGAGAUUUUUUUGAUAUCUUUAUUGGUUCAUCUUCGGAAAUCGAAGCCUAAUGGUUUCUUCUACUUUUGUUUUUGUAUUUGCUUUGGUCUUUUGCUCGUGAAACGGCAGAGCACAAGACUUGUGACAAUCAAUGUGUCUUCAGAAUUCUGGAGACAGACUCUGUUAUGUUCUUCUUCUUCCGCGUUUAAAAUUUCUACUGCUUCAUUUGUUUUAUUAUUCUUCCAAAUUUUGAUAGCUUUCUCUGUUCUUUUCUAUUUUUAGUUUUUGUAGCUUUGUCUUUUCUAUUAAAGAUUUCAAGUCCGUGAACUGAAAUCGAAAAAUCGUUUGUAC